UUCACGCUGGCAAUACAGAAACUCGUGGUGAAAUGUCACGAUCCUGUUGGCUGGGGGAGAAAGUAAAGGAAAAUUUACACUCUCUGUCGGUUCAGAGUUCUCGUAUUUUAGUAGAUUGAAUUUAAACCAAUUUCUAUUUACUAAAGUUUUGACUGUGCUCUCUCUUCGGUCUUAUUUAAUAAAUAUGUAGGAAAAACGCACGUUUAAAUUGGUGAAAGGAGUUUGAAAUUUUUUAAUGAAAUUACUAUUUGCAACGGAUACCUUGUUCCCACCGGCUUAAUCUGCACACAUGUAGAAAUAGUCCAUUUAGCUGUAAUUUUCCUCUCCGGAAGCUACUAGAGUAAUAAAUCCGUGUUGAAAUUAGAAGACAACGUCUUCCUCAUUGAGAUUUUAAUCAUGUAAAAUAGGUCAUCUGUACUUGCACAAAUUAUUAUCGACAUUAUAUUACCGACAGCCAUGCUGGAUAGGAUUGGGUUUCGAGUUAUUCAUGCGACAAGUGAAGACCCAAGAUAUUUGGGCUCCGACCUAGAACGCCAUGGUCCAGGUAUGAACGGCUGGAGGUCAGGAAAAGGGCAGGCUUUCCCACAAGAGCUAAUUUUGCAGCUCGAGUCUCGAUCUCGUUUGGGACACAUGCAGUUGCUGGCUCAUCAAUACGUUAUACCUGAAGCAAUCGAGCUCUUUAUCGGAGAAUGCAUUGACAGCGGAGACGGAGUCGAGGAUCAGAGUAAGAUUGAUUUGAACAGAGUUCACUUUAUUCAUCUUGGACGCGUUACGAUGUCGACGAAUCAAAGUACGGGAUUCAAAGCUCGGGAGCUGAAGUCAAUUACUGUGAAAUGCAUUGGUGCUUAUGUCAAGUUACUUAUAAACAAGGCCUAUAGAAAUAAGUACAAUAGAGAUCAGCAGGCUGCAUUGGUAGCAAUAAACAUUUUGGGAGAGAAGCUAGAGGACGAUGACGAAAUGACGAAAUCUUUCUCUCAAAUAACAUUUGAAGAAACGAGUGAAAGGGACAAAAACUUGUUUUCUCCAUUUGACGACUUAUCGUUCACAAUGUACGUGGAUAACGAGGUGCAAGACAUCAUUAGAAAAAUGGACCUAAAGAAACAAGAAGCUGUCUUAGACGAGAGAUUUGAUUACGCGAGCAAGUUGAAGUCAUCUAUGGAACAUUUGAGAAAGUCUGGAGAGCUGUUAGCCAAGUACCAAUUGGAGAAACAAAUUGCCGCAAACCGUGAAGAUUUUGAGAAAGCGAAAGAGAAAAAAAUGCAAAUGGAUUCUUUGAGAGAAAGUUUAUACAAGUCGUUACGUGUGAAAGAGCUACUCGAACCAAACGGACGUAUACCUGAUAACGACGAGCCUGGGAGGGUGCUGCUCGGAGUGGCCGGGAUGACGAGGUCCAUUACCGAACUUUCUCUCCCGCAGGAAACAAUGUCUGUAGCGUCCACCCCAGAAAGUACAACCAGUGGACGAUUUUCUGAGUUGACGACGCCCGACCAUGAAAAAAAGGAGUCUGGAUAUUAUAGUAAUGAUGAGCCCAAACUGCCUCCAGUGUUUUUAAAAAGGCGACGUCCCCUCACCGUUGCAGCUGCUUCUAAUCUGGCCGCAGAGAAAAACAGGGAUCGGGAUCGGGAACGGGAAAGAGAAAUGUCGUUGGCGAAAGAUGACCCAGUGCCAAAUCCAAAUGCGCCCUGCAGUGCAUGCGUUAAUCGACCAUCGAACAUGUCAGAACGAGCCCGUAGAUAUGCAGCAUUGCCAAUCCAGGUUUUUGGGGAGCCCUUGGUGGAGAAAAUGUUCUCAAAAAGUUUUUCAGUUAAAGAGGAUGGUUUGAGAUGUUUGCAUAAAACAUUGUCCGACUACAAACGUGGUGAUAAAAAUAACCCACCAUCAAAAGUAUUUCGAGCUGCUAGUCUUCUGCUUCAGAGGACCAUAAAAGACACAAUUUUCGGAGUGUUUCAUCUUACAACCGAAACUCUUAUAUACUUGUUGGACGACUUUUCUAAAAAACACAGGUUGGUAGGGUCUGAAUUGGCACAAGGAUUGGAAAGAAUAUUACCUGAACUUUUGUCAAAAUCUGGAGACACAGCACUGGGAAAAAAUAAAGUUGCGGUUGAAUGCAUUCUGAAACUGCAAUCAUGUCAGCAUAUUCGAAAUCUUCAUGUGAUUUCAACUCAUUUAACAAAACCGUUUGACACUCCUGUUCAUCCGAGAUUAGCACAAAGCAAAACUGAAAUGGUGGAAGAGGUUUUGAAAUUGUAUGGCCUAUCUGCCGAUAAAUCGAGCGGGUUGACGGCAAGAGAUUAUAUUGAAUUUGGAGCAUCAGCCCUAAAUCAGCCUUCUGAAUCUAUUCGCCGGGUUGCAGAGCGAAUAGUGAUUUCCUUGUACCACACCCACCCAAAACUAGUCCGUCAGAACUUGCCACUUGAGGGAGACAUUUCCAAGAAAAACAUUCAAUUCCGACAACUAUUCCAACAAUUUGAGAAAAUUGACAAAGACAGAAAGGAUGGAGCCUCCAUCGCAAUUAUGAAAGAUUUGAAGGGCAGUCAUAAUCAGUCCAUGGCUGCCAGUGUGUACAUUCCGAAAAUCUAAAUUCAUUCUGUGGGGAAAUUUUGUCAUGCAGUUUUUCUUAUUUGCAUGUUUUAUGCCGAGCCUAUCUGGAUCACACGCUUAUUUAGCAUUUAGCUCAAAUCGAGUUACGUUUUUAAAUUUAAUAAAUGUAAGACACACACAUUA